CGUUUUUCUUCGGUGCAACGUCCUUUGAUGUUGCUUUGAUCACAUCAUAUGCUUUAUACAUCCUAUACCGCUCUACCUCCGCCUUCGUGUUUCCUGUCCUGGUCUUCCUUCAUGACCGGCUGACACUGUGCCCUGCUGACAGUGAGCGAUUUGGCCGGUAGCAACAAGCAAUCUGCCGUUAUGAGACAUUUCAUCUCUUCCCGAGUCUGAGCUGUCGGCAGACUCUGAAGUCCUCGUCAGUCGUCCCGACAGGACCGGCUACAGGGCGGUGUGGGACGAGGUGUGGCAAUUCGGACCGUCAUGCCCUUUGCUCCGGCAGCGGGACAGGAAGUGUGUGUGUGACCUUCCCUGGUCGGCUCUGCUGGGAUGACCAUGCCACUGCACCAGAUCUCUGUCAUUCCCCGUGAUGUCACCUCAUCACGGGUGUCGGGCUGUGGGAAAGCCAAGGACAAGGACAAGCAGAAUGAAAAGCCUCUGGGUCAUUCUGCAAGCAGGUCCAGCAACAUAUCGAAGGCGGGGAGCCCGACUUCUGUCAACGCCCCAUGCAGCUUCUCGAGGACGUCAGUUUCUCCCUCCAGCCAGGACAUCUGCAGUCCGGAUCAGGACUGUCAGAAGCAGACCGCAGUGGUUCUGUUGAGUUCUACUGGUAAAACCUGUCACGGUUCAGGGGUUACUUCAGUGACCACCCUCUGUGCAGACGCUCUACCAGCCUCCAAACACACGAAACAACGAGACUGGCUCUCUCUGCUGCGGCCCUCCUCAGUCAACCUCCGACCCAACAGCUCGCUCAGGUUCUCCGUGUCGCUGAACGACGUGGGCCAGCGCGUGGACAGCCUCUGUCGCGGCCUGCACUUCAUAGAUCGCACCUGCUCCGAGGGAGAGCUGGAGAUGAAGCCUGCUCAGCCGCCCAGCUCGGAUCGAAAGGCGCACACACUCGACGGAAAGCUGUCUGCAGCACCCGCACCCCCGCAACCAAAUCCGACCCUCUCAACAGGCCCCCGCCCCCACCUCGUCCCCUCCUUCACCAACAACUACAAAUACACGCUGGGCAUCCCUCCGGCUGAUUGUUUUUCAUCUGACUCCACCGUCGCCGCACCUCCUCUUUUCAACGCCCACCUCCACCCUCAUCACUGCCCGAGCGCCCACUUCCUCCGUCGCAUCCUCCCCUUUUCUCGCUCCUCCACCUCAGCCAGCCUGCAGUGCUCUGAGCUGGGCAGCUAUGCCUCUCAACUCCACAUCACCAAGUCCUCUAGCGCCCUGCUGGAAGUAAGCGAGUCAGGGUUUCCCCCCGAGGAUGUACUGGGAGAUGACGGCGUGUUUGAGGAGGCCUGGUCCCGUCCUGCUCCGAAGGGAACGGGUCAGCUGGCAACCCCAGAUCCAGUCACGAAGGCUGUCCCAGGCGCUCUUCACGCCCCCCUGUGCUAUAUGGAUGAGGACAGUGACUUGGACUGCUGCCCGUCCCCUUUGUCAGAGAAAUCUGGGCCACUGUCACCCUAUUCGCUAUCUGAGGACUGCUGCAGGAUUUGUCACUGUGAAGGCGAUGAGGAGAGUCCCUUGAUCACGCCGUGCCACUGCACGGGCAGCCUGCGCUUCGUCCACCAGUCCUGUCUACAGCAGUGGAUCAAGAGCUCCGACACUCGCUGCUGUGAGCUCUGCAAAUACGAGUUCAUCAUGGAGACCAAGCUCAAGCCGCUGCGCAAGUGGGAGAAACUACAGAUGACGGCGAGCGAACGAAGGAAGAUCAUUUGCUCGGUCACCUUCCACGUCAUCGCCAUCACCUGCGUGGUCUGGUCGCUCUACGUUCUCAUCGACAGGACAGCAGAGGAAAUCAAGCAAGCCGGAAGAAUCCCAGGGAUCCUGGAAUGGCCUUUCUGGACCAAGUUGGUGGUGGUGGCCAUCGGCUUUACGGGGGGACUGGUGUUCAUGUACGUCCAGUGCAAAGUCUACAUACAUCUAUGGAAGAGACUCAAGGCGUACAACCGGGUCAUAUACGUGCAGAACCGGCCGGACACGUGUAAAAAGCUGGCGCUGGAGAAGCCGCCUCUCAUGGAGCCGGGUCUGGAGAGCAAGGAGGCCCUGGCCCCCACCCAGUCGGACACAAACUCCUCCCAGUACACAGAGACAGAGGACUACAGUAUGGAGGUGCUCCAUGUCUGACCGCUCAGUCCAUGCCAUUGGUUGUCCUACUCCUAAUACAAACACACAAGGGCCCACAGUGACCGAGGAACGACCGGACACUCUGAGACCAGACUGAGCCACUGUCCUCGUCUGGACAUGUGACGUUCCCACAGUUCCAUCCACAGAGACGGACAGACGGACUGACCAUGACUAUAUUCUUCUGUCCAUAACCGUCCUAUUGGAUUUAUUCCUUGUUCCUCCAUCAUCCUGCACCCUCACUCCACACUCGCGCCCCUUUCCUUUGCCAGGACUGGACUGUUUCUACUGACCUCUGUAAAUGUCUGGAGAGGCCUGGAGCAUACCAAUCUCUACACACGCACACAUACAGGCAGUCUUGUUUGUACCUCUGGAAGAGCAGGACUGAGAUAAAUGGACUCAUAAACUGCUCCAGAGGUUUACACAUCUCUGACGCGUGGUCUGUUUGCUUGUGGAUUUGUUCGAUUUGUUCGUUUUUACCUCCCAUGAGUCUCGGGCUCUCUGUGGAUCAGUUUGUAGCGCCGCACAUCGGAUCUCUGGAACAUUCCAGCCACUGCCGUCUCUGUUUUGCCGUGGUCUGUCAAGUCUGCGCUGGUCUGGAUCCGACCAGUCUCUUGAUCUGGACAUGCAUCGAAGCACUUUUUUUUGUUCCUUUCCUCCAGCUCCUCUUUCUUUUCAAAGUCUUAAACAUUGUACGUGGGAGAGAGCACACUCAAACAUCAUUGGAAAUGUUGGUUUCCUCUUUUAUUUCACAUGAUUUCUUUGUACGCACCUACUCAUAUAUAUAUAUAUAUAUAUAUAUAAACCCUCCCAUGGAUGACAAAAAAGGAAUUGGGUUUGAAAAAUGGAACCAAGCUCAAAGAAACACGUGAGUGUUUUAGUCAAAACAAAAAAAUGGGUUGGACUGUGCAGAUAAUGGUAAAUCCAGCCAGAUUAAUUCUAUACCCCAACAUAAACUUUCUGAAGGCUUUGAGAAUGUAACCUUUUUAAAUAAUCAUUUAAAAAAAUGUAUAAAAUAUAGAAAAAAAACAACAAUUUUUUACUGGUCACAGGAAAUUGCAAGAUAAUUUCCAUGUCCAUAACAAGAGCCUUUGGGCAUAACCAACGUCGCUUUUUUUUAUUAUCAUGUGAAUUACACAGUAUUUACAGUGUGAUAUUCCAUGUGCAGUUUUUAAUACGUUUGCUUAGUCAUGGGAUUUGCCUUGAGAAAUCAUCUGCUGGCGGUUUUCAGUUGGUCUCCUGUCGCUCCUGUCUAUUGACCCACAAUAGACGGUUUGAUGAAACCAUCACUAUGACACUAGGUUCUGCUCUGCAGGUCCAGACUGACGCACUUCUGAUCAAUCUCUGUGGUUAUUUGAACACACUUCAGAGUGGAAGGUGCCGGAUCUGAUGUUUCAACGUGACAUUCAGGAUCAUUACUGAGCAGAGGAGCAGCAAUCACAUUUUUCGUUGAAAGUGUCUUGUUUCUUCCUGUUCGAGUGUCUCACUUUGAGGCGGAUGUCGCUUUUCUUUUUGUUGCUCUGUGUAGAAGCGCAUCUGUAAAUACUGUCGCUGCACUUGUCCAGCAUUUAAAUAUCAGUGCAGCACUUUCAUCGAAAAAACGGAUCAUUCGUUUUUCAAUGAAGAAAUGCAAAAGCGUCCAGAUGUUUUCUACCUGUGGCGGACGCUCAAUAGGUGAAUCGCUCAUUGAUGCGCUGAGUGCAGUGCCACCUGCUGGCGUGCCACUGAAGGUGCGGGCAGCCGCUGAUUUCUGAGGACAACAUGUUUGGGGCUUAGUUUAUUGUAAGUGCUGCAGCGAUGCCGGGCUCAUGUUGAGCCUCAUAGCCAUUCCAGCAACACACACAUUUCUAAAAAAAACAAAACAACAACAACUGUCUUUGAUACCCUUAUAUACUGUCUGUGAACAACGAUCGUCCAGCUGCAUACCUUGACAAUUACUGCUCAGCAGCAGCAAUAAAUGAAAUCAGCGCUUUGUUUAGUUUUUUUUGCAACUGUGACAACUGUUCUUGUGUAUACGCCCCAUGGUGACUUGAGAUCUGGAGUCUAAUAUAAUUCUAAUAUAUAAUUUGAGCCGAGGGAGUUGUUGUGUGUGUCAAGUUGGAUUAAGACCUGGUAAUGAGAUGCUUCUCUGAAACUUCAAAACCCACGAGGCUCAGUGCAAUUAGACAGAUAAAAAAAAAAGUGCAAUUACCCCUUUCUUGUUAUUCUAUUCUAUAGUUAUGUACUGGUGUUUAAUGUCCAGGAUGUCCUCUGGGUAUAAUGAUUAUUUCUUCAUUUUGUGUUGUAUUUAUUUUCAAAAGAAUACGGUGUACAAUUUGUUCAUUUAAACCCCCCUCCAUUAGUAAUUUUAUGCAACUUACACUUAGGUUUUUUCUUUCUUUCCCAGGCAUAAACACUAGAAAGCCACUCUUUGUUUUGCACCUACGGUUGUCAUUUUGAUAUAAGUGUUGUUAAAAGGUAAACGUGUGUAUCUGCCCUUCCUUUUGCUUUUUGAAUUUUGCUUUGAAUCGGCAGAAUAGAGACAUUCAACUCCUGCAUCAUAUUUGAAGAUAAAAACAACACUGGAUAUUCAGACAUACAGUUUCCCUGAGAUGGUUAAAGAUGGACUGCAUAAUAUGUUUUGAUUUAUGUUUUUUUCUACUCAUAGGAGCUGGCUCCUUUCAUGUUUUGAUGUAGUCCUGGUGAAGAUUGAGGCCAUUUCAGGGGACUUUAACAAGCAGACAUGUUUCCCUGAGAGCGGCUUUUUUCUUUCUCACUUUCUAAGUAUCACCAUGAGCUGAUUAUUUUAACUUUCACUUUACAAUCCUACUGAGCAGGAAUUGACUGAGGAGGAGACGUACUUUCGCAGCCUUUGAGUCGAGAUUCUUCUGUCUGUCUUCAACCUACCUACAAACUUUAGUUAUGUCUGGGAAUAGUGUAACUUGCAUAAAGCUACAUUUGUUUACUACUGACUGGACUUGAACAUAUAUGACUGUUCCCCGUCUUAUAAUAUCAUUCCACAGUUUGUCUGUGAAUUUACUUUGGAAUAGUAACUGUAAAGAAUUUGGUAACGGUACCUAUGUUUUUAAAAUAAAUAUUGAUGUGUUUUCAGUUGAAUUUCCCAUGUUUGAACAAAGUAUGUAGAUUUAAAAAGAACAACCAAAUAAAAAUUAAGUUACUUUUAA